AUGAAAUUCAAGGGGGCUGGGCACAUUUUAAAAAACACGCCUGAGGGCGGGCAACGGAAACGGAGCGUCCGCCGCGAGCGCGCGCGCGCUCCAACCGGCCACCAACGGGGCCUUUCCGCCGGCGGUCCCCACGCGGCCGGGGCGGGAGGUGGAGGCCAACGGCGGAGGAAAGGCGGCCGAGGCGGGGCGGGGGCCGGCGGAAGAGCGAGCCCCGAGGCGCUGCGAGCGGAACCAACCGACCGUCCGGGCGCUGCUGCCGCCGCCGCCGCCGCGCAAGGUCCCCCCGGUGCCGCUGCAGCUGCCGCCACCGCCGCCGAGGUCCCGGCAGGGGGCGCGGCCGAGGACGUGAAGCCCAUCGACCUGACGGUGCAGGUGGAGCUCGGGGCCGGGGCCGCCGCCGGGCCCGCUCCCGGGAGGCUACCGACGGCGGCGGGGGAGGAGGUGGCGGUGGAAGGCGGCCCCCCGGACCACUCGUACUCGCUGUCGUCGGGCACCACGUCGGAGGAGCUGCUGAGGAAGCUGAACGAGCAGCGCGACAUCAUCGCGCUGCUGGAGGUGAAGAUGAAGGAGAUGAAGGGCAGCAUCCGCCGCCUGCGCCUGGCCGAGGCCCAGCUCCGUGAGGAGAUCCGCGAGAAGGACCGGCUGCUCCACGCCGCCAGCGCCGGCACCCGCAAGCGCCACGGCCUCUGAGGGCUGCCGGGGCCCGGCCCGACGCGGGGCUCCCGACCUCGGAGCCUCCGCCGCCCUCGGUGAGGUGCCCGGACAGAGGGGAGACAGGAUGGGGCCCAGCCCCGCGGCUCCCCCGUCUCUCCCUACCUGGUCCCUCCUGCCCCCGCACAAGCGGCCCCUGGCCAUCACAUCCCCCUGCCCGGACGGGGCGGCCGCCGUCAGCUCGGAGCCGAGCCCCGUUAUCUAUCCCACGUUACCCCAGAGCUGGCACUGCGGGUGCCUGCCCCUUUACACCAGGCCCAUCCGCACCCGGCAGCAGCAGAAAGCUCUUCUUUUAGCGUUGAUAGGACCCGUGCCACCACGAAGUGGCCGGAGGGUAUCAGUUCUCAGCAAAUAAACUCUCUGUGUGCUGAGUGAGGUAGCAGCAACACUACCCCCUGCAGAAGGCAUGUCUGAGAGUGUGGCUGGCACCGGACCCUUCCCAGGAACGAACAAGGAUGUCGUGUUUGGCCUCGCUUAGCAGAGGCCCGAGGAAAGCUUUAGAAACCCUCUCAGGGUGAUGUGUUUCUUCAGUAAAUUACUGAUGCCAUAAAAGACUGCUGUUUCUAGCGUGAAAGAAUCCCCAGAUAAAAGAGUGCUCUUGUAUAUGUAGGUUUUUUUUGCUUUCUCCGCAGUACAUACGUAUUUGUUACAGGCGUCUCCGUGCUCUCAACCCUAGUAAGGAUUACGACCCGGUACUGAGAACCCGGUGCCAUUUGAUGGCUGUAGUGUAUCUCGUUGGCUAAGAACUCCCUCUUGUGAAACAGAGGCUUUGUAACACGUCGGAAUGUAAAUCCUCGGCUUUCUCUCAGAGAACGGGGACGAAAGAGAAGUGCGAGGAGUUUAUCUGCAGCAGCGGCAAACCCUUGCUGUCUAAUCCUCAACUAGUGGGCACGACGCGUCAUCUGUACAUUAGGCGAGACCUUACCGAAACGUGCUUGCGUGUUCUAAACCCGGAUUUAAGAGUAUUGUAACAAAAUCCCCGUGGCAUGAUUGUGUGGUUUCUGUUUCUAGCCAGCCAUUAGUCCCCUCGCUUUUCAGCAACAGGAAACCAAAUCGAUGGUGGCUCAAAAGACGGUGGAGCGAGGGCAGCGAGGCUGGCCUGAAGGUGUGCCUCCAGGGUUGCCGGGGCAAUGGAUAUCUCGGGGCUGAGGAAGAGGAGGGUAUCUGGUGUCCCGUGCUUCGCUGGCCUGGCAGUUGGAAACAAAAGGCAGUUCACCACAGUGUGCCCAUCCUGAGGUCGGAGGGAGGAGCGCCCAGGCGUCCGUUGGGCACGCGAGGUAGCUCUCCUGAAGCAGAGUGCGUUGUACUCGGUACAUCGGGAUGUCAGUUUUACUAAGUUUUAUAGAAGUAUUUUCUAAAUGUAAAAAAAAAAAAAGUAUUGUUAGUUUGAGAAUAUUGUAAUCUUUGUAACACUGGCUAAUGUAGCUCUACAACUCUCCGUUGGGAUACUCUACGGCCAAACAGAAGGGCGCGGUGGGAUUUGGCAGCGGGAGGUUUGUCCCUGGAUCAUGGAGCCCGUUGAGCGACAAGGCGUUGGUUGUCGCAGCCUGUGAGGUGAUGCAAGGCACAUUUCUCUGUUAACAUGUACUGAGUUGGAUGGUGGACCGUAAGGAUACUACAGGUCUCUUCAUGUACUAAGUAUUUCCCAUUAUUUCAUUUUAAUUUAUUAUUUUCUCCAAUCUGAUAUGUAGCUCUUAACUGCAGCUCCGUGGUAUCCUGAUCUUCCUGCCAGUCAAGUAAGCAGCGAUUUUGUUUGUUUGUUUGUUUGUUUUGGGGUUGGUUUUUUUUUUUUUCUUGUAAGGAAAGCAGAUACCUGCUCCACCCUCUGAUUUAACAUAUGGAAUGGGUCCAGCAGAUCUCGAUGCUCCCAUCAAGACAAUAGGCAGCACAACGUCUCCCCUUACCAACGACACGGGUUGUGCGUCCCAGCUUCUCCACAACGUGCGUGGCUUAACAGUCGUGGUAUUUUUUUUCUACCAUUGGAAUGCACUUCAGGACGUUCAGCCCUUCGGCCUGCUGGACUGGUUAACUGCUGGACUCUUCCACUUCUCCAGGUUACACUGAGGUGCUAACAUGCUUAAUUUUAAUAAAGUAUAUUUUGUUUUGUUACG